AACACAAGAGGGCGCAACAUAACAAUUGGAAAUAAUUAAGCCGCGAGUUUCGAUUGAUCUGGCAUUAUUAUUCUAUAUUUUGACAGUUUCACACGUCGAUAAUUUGUCAGAAUGGACCAUGCUGACCAAAAAGAAGAAAUUGAGGACAUUGGUUCAGGGAAACCCAUCAAACGCCGUCGCUUAGGACGUUCAUUAGGUAGUCGAAAUUCCAGCUGGGUUCCACCGUUUGCUACCCCACCAUCUGCCCAGAAGAUUGGGGGACGGAGCUCUGGAAAUGCCGCUAACCAAAGCACCAGUCCGACCGCGACAUCCGCAGAAAUUGAAAACUCCGCAACAACUUCAUUCUGUGAAUCCAGUCCAAAUGGAAAAAGUGUAAAACUUACCCCAGUGAAUAGUACACCCAGGUCAAGCCACCCAAGAUUGUUGGGCUCAUUGUCAUCUCGAAAACGAAGCAGAGGAGACUUCAAGUCACCAAUGAGAAAAUUAGAUGAAAAGAAGCAAGCUGAAACCCCAGAGUCCAUUGAAAAAGAGAAUGACAAACUGAGAGAAAGAUUAUCAGAGUUGGAUAAAGAAAUAUCAGAACUGAAAGAUGAAGGUUUGAGUGAGGAUGAGCUCCAGCUUCAUAUCAAGAAGAUACAUGAAUACAAUGAACUCAAGGAUAUGACUCAGAUGCUUCUUGGGAGGAUAGCAAUGCUAGAGGGAGUAACGACAAGAGAGCUUCACGAAGAAAUGGGACUAGGGGAAGACUGACAAACACAGAAAACCCACAAAAGGUAAGAGCUGUCUUCAAUACAAAAAUUGCAAAUUCACUUUCUUCAAUUUCAAUUUCUUUUAUUCUGCAGUGAAAUGGAUUGUAAAUUCAAAUGUGGAAAGUAGAAAUGAGUUUUAUAUCACAUCUAGCGCAGCGAUUUCUUGAAACUGGACAAGUCGGCCCUUAUGCAUAAGAUACUGGACAAUAUUCAAAAUUUCCAGCCCACCCUGUUUGUGUUUUGCAAAGAUUCUUCAUCUGCUGCAUAUUUCAUGAAUUGUUUUGUUUUAUGAAUCGUAGACAGCAAUUUUUUCCCCAAUCUUUGGCAGUAUUUUUACAAGUUGUCUAUCUUUUGUCAAAGAGGGGCUUUGUUUACUCAUUUUACAUUGCUAUAAUAUCCUAACUUAAAAAAAUUGAAAUAUAUAUAUAUAUAUAUAAGAAAGGAGUAUGACAAAAUCGCAGUGCCCUGACUGAAAUUAGAACCCGGAACUCUAGCUUGCAUUAGCAGUGAUUAUUUUAUCAGGGAACAAUACAAAGGACACAGAAAUAUUUCUUGGUUCUUCAAAGAUAUAUAUUUGUGCAAACAUACAAGUAGCAAGCACCCAGUGCUUUGAGCCGGAAAAAAUAAUAUAUUUACAAAAUAAAAAAUAGGUUAACAUAAGAAUAAACUACAAAUGUUCACAUAACAUAUUCAGCCAUUAGUUACCCAUUUCCAAGCACGAAGAGGAGUUUAAGAUCCAUCUGUUCCAUUAAAAAAUCACUGAAAACGCUUCAGUAAAUAUAAUUCCGUGAUGAGAUUCAAAGAAUAAUACCCUCUUGUAGCUUGGAGUUAGAUAUCAGCCAUGUUAAUAGUGAUUUCAAGGUGAUGUAGUUAGUGAUGACAUAUAUGCUACAGAUUAUGCAGCAUGUUAUAAACAAAAUAUAAACAUAUUAGAAAUACAAUAUACAUACCGGUAUUAAAAAAAAAAAUCAAACAAUCGUCAUUUGAUAUGCUUUAUAACACACACAUAUUAUAAGCUAAGUAAGACGCUUGCUAGUUGCCUCAGCCUGUUUGCCUUAGAUGUUCCUAGAACAUUAACAAAUGUUAUUCAUCAAAAUUCUUCACCAUGGAAUUACUCUUCAAAUCUGGUGUUUCAUGUUAACCCUUUGAUGGUAGUAUGGAACUAGCGAUCAGUGGUACAUGUAGAUCCAGAAUUAUCUUUAUAGGGGACCUACUCCUUUCCAAAUUCAGUGACAAACCAACAGAAAGAAAAAUGGCACUACCCUUUUUGGGAGGACUGUCCCAUAAGAAUUUCCAUGUCAUGAAAGAUCAUCUAAUCAAUAUCGGCUGGAGAAGUAUCAAGUCAUCCAUAUUAAUCUCCAUUCAAACAUGGUAUAAUAUCAAACUGGCAGAAAAAUACUUAGCGAAAGUCGAGUGAAUAUGCUCUGCACACUGAAAUAAGCCAAUAAUGCAUUCGCAGCAUUAAAAUUUUUAAAAACUUUUUUUUCUUCAAAAUCCAGUGUCUGUAUUGUUUUUAUUUUUUAUUUAUGUUCAUCUUUCCCUAAUUGCAGUGUCUACUGACCUGGAAUUUUCAAUGGGGGUUUGGUACACAUGAAAUGCAUGAAGAUUUAUAAUUUAACCCCAAAUGUGCUCAUUUUAAAUUUAAAAUUAAAUUAAGUGAUGUGCAAUGUAAUAUUGAUCUGUCGUUCACAGAAAAUAUUUGUCGAUUUUGAACUUCCCAGUGGCUUGCUAUAUCGCAUUUGACUGGAUGUUUAAAAAGAAGAUUAAAACAGUAAAUGGCAUACAUACAUGUAAGUAAUACUUUACAGAAUAAAACAAAUGCGGAAGAUUAAAA